AUGCCACUGUCUUUCUCUCGAUCAUGCUUCUGGGCCCUUCUGAUGCUGCUGGUAUCAAACCUCCUUUUAUGGGAGAAUGUGGCCUCUGUGCCUUUGAGUAGUGAUGAGAUUGAUAAUGAUCAGCUAUACCUCAAGGAACUGUUUGAUCAUGCCCUGAUAUUAUUUCAGAAUAUCAGUAAACUCAACACUGAAAUGCGUAGGACAUAUGUAAGUAUUUCACUUAUCUCUGGCAUGCUUGAGUUUUUUGAGGAUCAGGAGUUUCUGAUCAAGACUCUCACCUGCUGCCACAAUUACUCCAUCAAAACUCCAGAAAACGUGGAUGAAGCCCAAAAGAUCUCUGUUGAAAACUUUCCAAAACUGAUACUCAGUAGAAUGUGGGCUUGGAAUAACACUCUUAAAAACGUACUGCCCAUACUUGAAAAUAGGACAGGAACACAUAAUGACGUCAUAUCAUUAGCCAAAGACAUUGAGAGAAAAAAUGCAGUGCUUUAUGAGGACACCAAGAAUAUACUCAGCUCGAUUUAUGGAAAAACAGAAAAUGUGGAUUACACUGUCUUGACUGGUCUUGAAGACUUACAAUCAUCUGAUGAAGAAUUUCGCCAUUUUGCUCUUUGUAAAUUAUCCUAUUGCUUGCGUGUAGAUAUGAAUAUGGUUGACAUUUGUCUCAAGCUCUUGAGGUGUGUGGUGGUUGGUAAUAGUGACAUUUGCUCAUCUCAAAGAAUUAGAGAUGACUCAUAA